AUGUUCUUCACAGGUACCCUCCAAGAAGGCAUUGCUGCCGCUAUUCAACAGACCAGGAGUUUGGUCUGUUUUGUUACUGAUGACAACACCGAAUCCCAACAAUGGGAAACCGAGUUCCUCAAGGAUGAAGCCAUCUCCCCCCUCCUCGAGUCCCGCGCCGUGGUGCUGAAGCUGGUUGCGGGCAGUACUGAGGAGGGAUAUUUGGCUCAGUUGUUUCCACUACCAAAGAAACCUACUGUGGUUGUUCUUAGGGGCGGGCAACUCAAGGAGUACAUUGCUGCUGGAGUCACGAAGGAGGAAUUCCUCAGGAGGCUCGGGGCUGCUCUUGGUGAGCAACAGGCGGUUUCGACAGCUGCUAAUACAGGUUCGGCCUCAGUGGAGGAACCUGAGACAGUACAGAACCAAGAGCAAGCCUCACCGGCAGCCGCACCAUCAGAUCCAGCACCUCAACCAUCAGCGGGGGAGACAACAGCCCCGGCAACGUCAUCUACCGAGGACACAAUCUCUCAACAACCUCCCACCGAUAUCACUACAACCACCGAGACCACCGAAACCACCUCUUCAUCAUCCCCUACCACAACCACUCUCACAACUAACACGACCCAACAAGCCCGAAUCCAAGCCAUCCUCACUGAGCGCGCCGCCCGCCUCGCCGCCCAAAAGAAACAACAAGAAGAAGCCGCCCGCGCCGCUGCCCGCGCCCGAGCCGCCGCCGAAGACCCCAACUCCCCCGCCCGCCAAGCUGCCGACGCCCUGCGCAAGAAACAGCAAGAAGCGCGCGAAGAGCGCCAGCGGAUCCUCAAAGCCAUCGAAGACGACAAAGCCGCUCGCAAAGCAAGGCAGUCGGAGAAGCAGCGAGAGAAGGAAGCACUUGCCGCCACCAAAGAAUCUGGCGGAAAAGACGAGGACGAAAAGGGGGAGGGACUGCCCUUUGCCCCAGCCAGUCCGAUGCUACCCCGUGGUAACCAGCCAGUCAAGAGCACGGGGCAUUGUGCGUUGCAAGUGAGGUUGACGGACGGGUCGACCAUUCGGUCUCGAUUCUCGGCGGAGAAGGAUACGGUCAGGGAGGUUAGGGAGUGGGUUGAGGCUACUGUCGCUGAAUCUCUUACUGUCAAGAAGGGGAGGUAUACAUUCAAGGUGCUGUUGACGCCUCAGCCGAGCAGAAGGAUCGAGCAAGCAGAGGAGGGGAAGACGCUUGGAGAGCUGGGGCUGGCGCCGAGCUCGACACUGAUUUUGGUUCCGGCGGCUGGCGAGUCGGGGAGCGGUGGCAGGGUUAGGUUUGCGGCGGCUCAGGCGGAUGAGGGAGGGAAUAUCUUCCAGCGGUUGAUUGGGUUCCUGUCUGCCUUUUUCAGCACGGUGGUGGCGUUCUUUUCGACGCUGUUCAGUGUUUCUGGACCGCCCAAUGCUGGUCCUACGCCAGAGGAGGUGGCUUCUGAGGUUAGAGGCGAGCAGCACCAAGCUACUAGGGCGGAAAGGGCUAGUGGGAGAUCACUUGGUGGAGGAGGCGCGGGUGCGGCUGUGAAUAGGGGCGCGGGAAGCAGGAUUAAGGGUUUUGGCGAUGAGAGGAGGGAUGAGGAGCGGAAGAGGAACGAUCAACAGUUUUACAAUGGAAACUCGACAAACUUUGAGCCGAGACAUGAUGAUGACGAUAAUUAAGCAGUCACAAGCUGGGGACAGUUAGUGGGGACAGAAAUUUUUGGGGCUACUUGAGUGAAAGUCAUAGACGAGGAGAAAGGAAGAUGUCAUAUGAGUACUGUAGUCACCAUCAGGCGUAGCGAAGAAGCAAAAAAAGUUUAAUCCCUUCAGAGAGGGAGGCAAAAAUCUUGUAUUUGUACAGUUCUUUGUGUUAUCCUUAUAAUGAUAAUGAUGAUAUAUCACCA